AAAUGCGGCAGAGCUUGAUCUGACUUGUCCUGACUGCUGGAAGCAUUUUCUCCACACUCUCUCUUCUCUCUUCUGGACUUUAUUUGGGUGCUUUUCUCACGCCGCUGUGACAUGGCCAUCUCUAUCUCCCUGCAGAGUCUGGGGCUCAUCAUACUUGCAGCCAUCCUCAUCCAGACCAUCGCCGUGGCCAUCAGUUUCAUCUACUUCAACAAAGUCCUGAGCACAAUGCAGGAGAGUUUCUCCCGCAGCAGCGUUUCCUGUCUGAUAAACGCAAACCUGCACUCGGAGUUCGAAGAGUCGACGGCCGAGGACAGAAAACGCAACCCCUGCUGGCAAGUCACGCAACAGCUCCACUACCACAUAGAGAAGACAAUGGCGGACAGAUUCCAGAAAGAGAUAUCGUCCACUAUGAGAAAUAAGCUGACGGGAGCGCUGCCCAUCCUGAGCCCCGGGGUCGCUCUUCCUAAAGUCGCGGCCCAUGUGACGGGUGUAGUCUCCUCCACAGACUCUCCCAUAGCAGAGGGUGAGUGCAGGAGUCGAAUGUAA